CAGAGUUGUAAACCCUAAACCCUUAAACAUCUUCUUCCCGGUUUUUUCACUAGCAAGUAGCCGCAAAUCUGUAACCCGAAUACCCAAAAUGGACCAGAAACUCGAAAUUUUAGAGAAAAAGGUUCUUGUUGGAAUUGUUAAGAUGGUCCAAAAGCAAGGAAUGCAGGGUACUGCUGGUGGUUGGAAGGACUUUUUGAAUAGUUAUGACAAAAAGUUCGGCUCUAGUUUAAGUGAUCCGGCUAAGAGGUCCAAUGACGUUUUGGUAUCUUUUCUAAAGACAUUUACAAAGGAGGAUGAUUUAAAGUUUAUUGCAAAAGUACUGCAACGUCAUCAGAAUCGUUAUAUAUUGGAGCUAUAUGAAAAGAAAUCUCCUGAUGAUGAAUCCCCUGAGCAGAGGCUGGUCCGUUUAACUCUUCAACACCCUCAGUAUGCAUUGGAUUAUAUGUUCCCAUCGUGCAAUGAGGAGUGGGUCGUUACCAAACUUGGUGACAAAUCCAAAGCGAUGACAUCUAACACAAUGUAUGCUGUUGAUUGUGAGAUGGUUCUCUGUGAAGAUGGCAGUGAGGCUUUGGUGCGGGUGUGUGUUGUUGAUCGCAAUUUAGAGGUGAAGUUGGAUGAACUUGUGAACCCUAAUAAAGCAGUUGCUGAUUAUAGAUCUGAGAUUACUGGAGUUACUGCUGAAGAUCUGGUUGGUGUUACCUGUUCAUUGGCAGAAAUACAGAAAAGAAUGAAGAAGCUACUAUCACAUGGGAUCAUUUUAGUGGGCCACAGUUUGAAUAAUGACCUACAUGCGCUAAAAGUAGAUCAUCCAAGAGUCAUUGAUACCUCCUUAAUCUUCAAAUACGCGGAUGGAAAUAGAAGACCUUCUUUGAAUAAUCUGUGCAAGUCUGUGCUGGGCUAUGAAAUUCGGAAAAAUGGUGCUCCACAUGAUUGUUUAGAUGAUGCAUGUGCUGCAAUGAAACUAGUUCUUGCUGUAAUAGAGCGUGGAGUUGAUAAUGCUAUGACCAUUGUUCAAGAAGAUGUGGCAGAAAUAGACAAGGCAAAGCUACUUCUCCACAGGAUACCAGUCAAUGUGCCUUGUGAAGAAUUACACAGAGUGAUUCCUGGGGACUUCACAAUCGAAGUCAAGACAUCAAAAAGAGGUCAAGGAGACAAGUAUUCUGCUGUUGCUAUUUUUAGCAGCCCACAAGAGGCAUGUCAAGCAUUUGAGAAUGUGGAAGGCAGCCAAGAAAAGGAUUCGUCUGGGAGGGGGCAGAAACUUGUCAAAUUCCAAACCAGCAAAGGUGUGACUGCCAGCCUAUAUGUUCGUAAAAUGGCACGUGAUGUUCCUCUUGGCCAGUUUUUGGUUAAGAGAGCUCUCGAAGGAGAGGAGAACUCAGGUGUAUCAAAAAAACAGAAGAUUGAGCAGACAAACAAAGAGAUAGUAGCGGCAUCAAAUGAGUGCAAGUGUAAAGAGCACUUGAAGGAGAUUGAAAGAUUGAGGAAAAUGGUAGACUCAAAUCAGUGUGAUGAUCACUUGAAAGAGAUAGAAAGUUUGAAGCAAGAACUGAGAGAAAAGGAUUUUCAAAUUUCAACGCAGGAUAAGAUGAUAUCUAUCCUUAAAAAGAAAGUAGAAAUGAAAAAUGACAAAAAGAAUAAAAGAAGGUGAAUAUGCUGCCGUAGAAUUUUAAGCUAUGUCAGUCUAGGCCAGAUGCCACCGCUAAUUUGCUGCAUAUUACGUGUGAUAAGAAAUUUUGGGUCGAAUUUGGAACUUUGAGGAGCAGCCGGUGAAUGUGAUGUGGCCAAUAGAAAGAUAAAUUUAUGAUAUUUCUCAUUGCUUUGAGUGAUUGUCAUUAGUUUUUAACUAGCAAAGGGAAAAACAUUCCAUGGUAUUGUAAUUCAGAUGUAGAAGAAAUGAGGGAAUAUUAUGGGGUGCAGAAAAUGUGGAGCUACAUUGGUUUGAGUUGAGUUUUCAUGGUUUGGAUUGAUUAUUCUUCUGCCAAGCAGUUUUGGACUUGUUCUGGUUCAUAUGCUUAUUUACAAUUUCAUUGUUUUAUUUCUUAACUCUCUCCGUUAAUGGUGUUUCAGUACUCGUUUCAGUAUA